AUGGUUCUCCUCAGGGAUUUAGUUUUAAGCUGUCUUACACACAAUAUCCUGUUUCAAGCUCGCCAUAUUCCGGGGUUGAUCAAUUCUCGUGCCGACUAUCUUUCACGUUUCCAAGUUGUGAAGUUCAAAGAAUUAUCACCGGAAGCAGACGACUUCCCCACUAAAGUUCCCGAGAACCUGAUGCCGAAGAGUUGGUUUCUAAUUUAAGAGGCCUCUCAGGGAGUGCAUUGACAGAUAGCUCCAGGCAUCAAUAUCAACGUGCUUGGGAUGUUUUCCGCCAAUUUUAUUGUCGUUUUUAUGGGUCUGAAAAUCCCAUUUUACCUUUAGUUCCAAAUUGUAUUCCACUUUUCAUUUCUUACCUCUCUUUUCGGAAGAUGGCAUACUCUACAAUAAACUCCUACCUUUCGGCUAUUUCUUAUGUACACAAAUUAAAGGGCUUACGUGACCCCACCAAGUCUUUCUUAAUUCAAAAGUUGUUGACAGCAUUAAGUUGGUCUAUUUCGCAUUGGCGAACUUGUCGUCAAGAGCACGCAUUUGGGCUCAUCAGUUGUUCAAUAUCACAGCUUGACCUUUUUGACUUGUAA